AUGACAUUCCCCGUGCUCCCGCUAGUGGAUUCUCCACAGGACGCUGCCACGUUUGCCGUCACGGGCAAAGUGCUCGUGCCUGUUCUGAGCGUUGAGCCGGAAAAACACCUUCUUUCGAAGUUUCCUUCCUCAGUGCAUGUAUCUGUCGAUACGACGUCUUCCAAGAUCUCUGUCGACCAGGUAAUUGCCUUUCUUAAUGUUGGCGUGUCGCAAGUAUUUGUUGAUGCAGCUCAGUUCUGGACAUUUGCUGGCGCUGGAGUUCCUGCUGCGAGAAUGGCCGUGUUCACCAAUUCUACUGCUCCAAAGGAGCUCUUGGAUUCUCUGGCUUCGUUGGUGGUCACUGAGGAGGUACCACAAGAUAAGGUGGCCAGUUUCACCAAGAACGGCAACCGUGAUGUUUUCUUCAGAGGUGCUGUCACUCAGGAAGAGGCCCAGGCGUUGGUCUCUGUGGGUUACACCGUUGUGCUUCCAACUGGGAAGUUGACUUUGGCUGGUGAACCAUCCGAAGACAAGAUUUCGAUUUCUUCGGUGUUUGUGUCGACAUUGACCACUGAUAGGCCCGAUGGGCUCUAUACAACGCUAGUGACGACCCCAGCUCCCUCGUACACUGCUCUUGGGGUGGUGUACUCGUCGCAAGCGUCUAUCAAAGCAGCCAUUGGCGAGGGUCAGGGCGUCUACCAGUCGAGAAAAAGACCUCAUGAGCUUUGGUAUAAGGGCAAGACGUCUGGAGCAACACAAAAGCUUGUCAAGUUAGAGAAGGACUGCGACAACGAUGUUGUGAAAUUUGUGGUGGAGCCUCGUGCCGGCUACGGUUUCUGCCACUUGGAAUCGAACUACACCUGUUUCCAAGAUGGCGAGCUUAGAGAGUCUGCAGAAUCCAACGGGUCGGGAUUGCCGAAGUUGGAUGUUACUUUGGCUCAGAGAAAGGAGAACGCUCCUGAGGGGCUGUACACCAAGAGAUUGUUCAACGACGAUAAGCUACUCAUCGCCAAGAUGAAGGAGGAGUUAGACGAACUCAUUGAUGCCGGCCAGAAAAACGAUAAAAGUGAAGUUGCUUGGGAAGCUGCUGACUUAUUUUAUUUUGCCUUAACUUGGGCCGUGAAACACGGCGUGAGCUUGGCUGAUAUCGAGAGAAACUUGGACAUCAAGUCGAUGCGUGUCACUAGAAGAAAAGGGGACGCCAAACCGCAAUACAGCGACGAGCCUGCUCAAAAAAAGAAGAAGAUAAAUGACGGCAAAGAAGCUACGCCGUCAAAGUACAAGAUGGAGAUCAUUAGAGCCUCCACAGCGAGCGACGAGGAUGUCAAGAGAGCCUUGACUCGACCAAAUCAAAAAACAUCCGAUAUAAUGAAGUUGGUGCUCCCAAUUGUCGAGAACGUCCAGAAGAAUGGUGACAAAGCCUUAUUGGAGCUCACGGCGAAAUUUGAUGGCGUGGAGUUGAAGGAGCCUGUCCUCAAAGCCCCAUUUCCAGCGGAACUCAUGGAUAUCUCUGAGGACAUGAAGCAGGCAAUUGACUUGUCUAUGCAAAAUAUAGAGAAAUUCCACAGGGCCCAGCUUCCAAAGGAGGAGGUCAUGACCGUCGAAACCUCCCCUGGUGUAUUCUGUUCUCGUUUUGCCAAACCAAUCGAGAAUGUUGGCUUGUACGUACCGGGAGGAACUGCCGUGUUGCCUUCAACCGCCAUGAUGUUGGGAACUCCUGCCAAGGUAGCUGGAUGCAAGAAUAUCAUCCUUGCCUCGCCUCCGCUGCGUGCUACUGGCAAGUUGACACCUGAAGUCGUCUACGUCGCUCACAAAUUGGGUGCUUCUGCCAUUUUAAUGGCUGGCGGUGCUCAGGCAGUCACGGCUUUGGCAUAUGGUACUGAGAGUGUCGUGAAGUGUGACAAGAUCUUGGGUCCUGGUAAUCAGUUCGUUACCGCCGCCAAAAUGCAUGUUCAGAAUGAUACUCAGGCCUUGUGUUCUAUAGAUAUGCCCGCUGGUCCAUCGGAAGUUCUUGUCAUCGCUGACGAGGACGCUGAUGCCGACUUCGUGGCUUCUGACUUGUUGUCACAGGCUGAGCACGGUGUGGACUCUCAAGUCAUUCUCAUAGGUGUGGGCCUCAGUAAAGAGAAGAUUGCUCUGUUCAAAGAAGCUGUUUCGAGACAGGCAGAAGCGCUUCCUAGAAAAGAAAUCGUUGCUAAGUGUUUGGCGCAUUCUUACACAUUGCUCGUUGAUGGCUACGAAGAAGCGUUUAAGUUGAGCAAUCAGUACGCUCCUGAGCAUUUGAUUUUACAAAUCAACAACGCUGACUCUUACGUGCCUCACAAGAUCGAAAAUGCCGGUUCUGUUUUCAUUGGUGGGUUAUCUCCCGAAUCUUGUGGUGACUACUCCAGUGGUACCAAUCACACCUUACCAACUUAUGGUUACGCGAGACAGUACUCUGGAGUGAACACUGGCACAUUCCAGAAGCAUAUCACAUCGCAAAAUGUCACCGAAGAGGGCCUAAAGAGCAUAGGCAAGGCUGUUAUGACAUUAGCGGCUGUUGAGGGAUUGGAAGCUCACAGGAACGCUGUUCAAGUCAGAAUGGACAAGCUAGGAUUGCACUAA